CAAAAUGAGACCAUCCCUACGUUGUUCAAAUUCCAUAAGCUGACAAUUCAUGUUUCGAAAUGCCUUGUAUGGUAAAAGUCGAUUAGUUGCCUUUAGUAGCAUCUCAACGCACACUGUAAUCCCAUCGCCACUCCUCUUUUCUCUUCUCAUUCCUGUGAUUUUUCUCACCUCGGCACUCGAGUAACCCCACAGCCCAAAGAUCAAUUCCAGAUUUUUCAGCCCACAGUGGGUUGCUUGAUUGAAUUGAGAUAUGGGUUUGCUUCAAGAUCAUUAGCUUUAGGCUGAAAAGAGUGGGAGGAUCGUUUUGGGAUUGUUGAUUUGGUGGCGGCGGCUUUUCUGGAUUCAAUCUCUGAGAUGGGUCCGUUGGAGUUCUUGCUCCGGUGGUGAAUUGUGGAAGAGGGCGCUGAAAAAUGCGGCGGCGGGCGGCCGAUUAUCGGCGCCCGGUUCGGAGGAGGCUCUCUUGUUGGAUCUGGGCGCUGCUCGGAAUAUUCUUGAUCGCAGGUUUCUUUUUGUUUAUUAUGCAUCAUCAGCAUGAUCGUGAGGAUCACGUAGAACAGCCAGUUUUGGAUAUAGAUUCCAAAAAUGAACAGGUUAUACAUGAGCAUCUUAAUUUUACGCAAGAAAUUUUGAGUGCUAGAUCAUAUGCCAGACAAUUAACAGAGCAGAUGACACUUGCCAAAGCUUAUGUAGUUAUUGCAAAGGAGCAUAAUAAUCUUCAUCUUGCGUGGCAGCUUAGUUCGAAGAUAAGAAGUUGCCAAUUUUUGCUUUCAAGGGCUGCGAUGAGGGAGGAGCCAAUAUCUUUAGAUGAAGCGGAGCCGAUCAUUCGAAGCCUAUCGUCUUUAAUUUUCAAGGCGCAGGAUGCACACUACGAUAUAGCGACCACGAUGAUAACGAUGAAAUCACAUAUUCAAGCUCUUGAAGAGCGUGCAAAUGCUGCAUCUGUACAGAAGACGGUGUUGGGACUGUUAAGCGCUGAAUCGCUACCCAAAAACUUGCACUGCCUAGACGUUAAGCUCACGGCGGAUUGGGUUAAGAAGAAGCCACUGCAAGAUCUUGCAGACGAAAAAAGAAACUCUCCUCGGCUAGUGGACAACAAUUUGUACCACUUUUGCCUAUUUUCAGAUAAUCUGCUCGCAGUUUCGGUUGUUAUUAACUCGACGGUUUCUAAUGCUGAUCAUCCCCAGCAGUUUGUUUUCCAUAUCGUCACAGAUGGGAUAAAUUACGGGGCAAUGCAGGCUUGGUUCCUUAGCAAUGAUUUUAAAGGGUCUACAAUAGAAGUGCAAAACAUCGAAGACUUCACUUGGUUGAAUGCAUCUUACUCUCCCGUUGUUAAGCAGCUCCAAGACACAGACUCACGGGGAUAUUAUUUUGGAGGGCCUCAGGACAUCAAUAUCGACGAUCCAAACUUCCAAAACCCGAAAUACACAUCAUUGUUGAAUCACCUCCGCUUUUACGUCCCUGAAAUCUAUCCCCAAUUGGAGAAGGUAGUUUUUCUCGACGACGAUGUGGUAGUCCAGAAGGAUCUGACGCCUCUCUUUUCAUUGGAUUUGCAUGGAAACGUAAAUGGAGCCGUGGAAACCUGUCUCGAAGCUUUUCACCGCCUUUACAAGUACGUCAACUUUUCAAACCCGCUUAUCAGCUCCAAGUUCGACCCGCAGGCCUGUGGAUGGGCAUUCGGCAUGAACGUGUUCGACUUGAUUGCUUGGAGGAAAGAAAACGUGACUGCACGGUAUCACUACUGGCUAGACCAAAACGCUGACGGGAUGAUUUGGAAGCUCGGCACACUUCCUCCAGCCCUACUAGCCUUCUAUGGAUUGACCGAGCCGCUGGAUAGGAGAUGGCAUGUUCUGGGAUUGGGCUAUGACCUAAACAUCGAUAAUCGACUGAUAGAAAGCGCUGCAGUGGUUCACUUCAACGGGAACAUGAAACCGUGGCUGAAAUUGGGCAUUGGCCGGUAUAAACCUCUGUGGGAACGCUACGUGAAUCAGAGCAGCGCGUAUAUUCAGGAUUGUGCCACAUAUUAAAACGCUGCAAACCACAUUGGUAAUUUAUUCAUUCCCUCAUUUCAAACUCCCAAAUUUGUAGUUGCAUUAUUGUAGAGAGUUAGAAGUAGCAAAGUUUUGACCUUGAAAGGCUUCUUCUAUAAGUUCCUUUUUAUAGCUUGGAAAUGGAAAAUGAUUCUUAUACAAUAGAAAGGAUUUGUGUAUCGGAUUAAGGGCGUAGGAAAUGGAUUUUGGCUGAUGAAAUUUUCAUUAUUGCUUUUGCAAAUCUAUAUACAAAUGUUUAUUUC